AUGCUUAUCGGCCCAUCUCCCCUCUCUCCCCACAGCCCAACCUUCCCUCGAUCACCAACACCACCAAACACCGCCAACAUGGCGACCAUCAAAACCCGCAUCUGCAUGAUAUCAGACACCCAUACCAGCACACCACACCCACCACAAAAAACAGAUCAUGCCUAUCGCUACCCUCUCCCAAAAGCAAACAUCCUCCUCCACGCCGGCGACCUAACAAAAGUGGGGUACCGCGUCGAAUACGAAGCAAUGAUCUCCAUGCUCGCCGACGCCGACGCCGAGCUCAAGCUCGUAAUAGCAGGAAACCACGACAUAACCCUCGACGAAGAAUACUUCACCUCUUUCGGCUACACCCGCCACCAACGCCCAGAGCAACUGGGCGAGGAAUCCAUCCUGCUCUCAGACGAUAACAUCCAAGACACCCUACGCAGCUCUACACCCAAAACCCCAAAUACAGACUCCCUAAAAGCCUACGCCCGCUCUAUUAAAUCCCUCUGGACAAGCGAGGCUGCUAGAAACGCAGGAAUAAUAUACCUAGAAGAAGGAAUCCACUCCUUCACCCUGUCAACAGGUGCAAAAUUCACCGUCUACGCUUCGCCCUACCAGCCAGAAUUCUACAAUUGGGCCUUCGCAUAUGACCGUAACGAAGACAGAUACAACCCCGCCCCCGCGGGCCUCCCACAGCCGCAGAACCCAGUCCCCGAUUACCCAGCCAUCGACAUCAUGCUAACCCACGGCCCGCCGGCCGGUGUCCUGGACCAGGUCCCGCCUGAUCUGAAUGUCGGCUGUGAGAAUCUCCUCCGCGCGGCGCGCCGCGCAAAACCGCGUCUGUACCUCUUCGGUCAUAUCCAUGAGGCGUGGGGUGCGCAGCGUGGGGUGUGGGAUGAUGGGGCUGCUGGUGGUAUUAGGCUUGAAGAUGUGCCGAGGGAUAUGGAGGAGAUGUUGGAGAAUCGGGGUGCGUUUUGUGAUGUUAGUGAUGGGGCGCAGCGGCCGUUGCGGGUUGGCGAGGAAACGCUUUUUGUUAAUGGGAGUAUUAUGACUGUUAACUAUGAGGCGAGGAAUGCGCCUUGGGUCGUGGAUUUGGAGCUUCCUGUUUCUGGGGUAUAG